AUAAUAAUAAUAAUGAACCCGAAAAGCCCUCAGAACUCAUGGAUAUGAAUUUCAAAUGAUGAUUUUACUCAUCAUAUCUCUUUCUAUUCUUGUGCUUGUUUCCCUGAAUUUAUCUACCUUCCCUGUCUACCUCCUCUUUCUCAUCCUUCUUGAAACAAAUAUUGAUCAAUUUUACCUUGGUUCGCAUGAUAACAGCGACGAAUCGCCGUCAUGCCCUGUAAGCUGAAUUUAUCGCUGAAACUUUUUCUUCUUCUUUCAUCCCAAUACAAUGAAAAUGUGAGGUAUUGGCAAUAGGAAGCAACACUGUGUCUCAAUUAGUCCAAACAAAUAAACACAAUUCUUAUAAUGAUGAUGAUUGUGAAAAUUGAUUGUAAACUGAGCAACAAAAUUAAUCAAUCAUUUAAAAUGUGAAUUAUUUUCAACAAAUUGAUCCUGAAAUUAUAAUUAUCGGUUAAGGAAAUGAACCUUAACAACAGCAACGUGAAAAAAGUUACAUCAUUGAAUAGUAUUUAUAAUCAUCAUCAAUUAUAGUCAUGUUAUUAUUUUUGUCUGUGUUUAAUAAUUGAAUUGAAUUCUCAAGUUAAUCAAAUUAAAUAUUAGUGAAAAUUGAAUUUCAACAGAAAAUUAGUAAAUCUCUUUACAUUUACGGUGAUUUAAUCACAAGCCGGUUAAUCAAAUGAUAACAUAAUGGAUAUAAUGUGUAUAUUUUAUCAAUUAUCAUGUUGCAUCUCCUCCUCCACCUCCGCAUCUCCAUCACUGUCAAAAUCAUCAAUGGUUGUGUUCACUCAGCCUCUGCUUUCUGUGUUACCUUUUGUUUAUUGUUUUGAUGAUAAUAACAACUGAAAGCAUUAUCAUCACAAUUGAUCUUAUUGUAUGAUUUUUGAGAAAAUAGUUACUCAUCAUCAUCAUGUUGACCUUUCAUUGAUUCGGAAUGACCAAGUUACUUUUAUCAUGCACCAAGAACCAACUACAACAAUGAAAUCAACAUGGUUACUUAAAUCGGGUUAACAUUAGUUAUGCUUAUAAUUUGUUAAUCAUUUUCCUUUUUUUUCAUCUCGUUAUUUUAUUUUCUUCUCAGAGUUAUCCUCAUCUUCACAUAUUAACCAUUGUCUUUUUACCUAUUGAAGAUUAAAUCAAUUAGUGUUCAAUAUCAACUCGUUGAUCUUCAUAUAAUCUCAAUGAAUAGUUUCUAUGAAAACCAUGAAGUGAAUUUCCAUUGAUAUAUUUUCAUUUGGUUCUAAAUAUAAUUAUUGUCAUUCUAUCUGAGUUAUUGCUUUCACUUCAAUUGCUGUUUAAUUGCUGAUUGAUUAAUUGGUUGUUCUCUUCUUGUGCUAUUGGUAUAUUUUUCUAUCCACAUAAUCAAUGAGGUUUUAAUUGUUAUAAUAACUCAUAAAUUUUGUUGUGAUCCUUAUUUACCUAACAUCAAAUUUCAUCACCAUUAUGAUUAUAUAAGUUGUCGCAAGUUUGGAUUAUUGUGUUUUGUUUACAACGUUUGAAAAUUGUUUUAGUUAAAUGUGAUUAUGUUCGUUGUGACGAUAAACAAGCAAAGUUUACGAUAACUUUGAUCAAUUAUUUGAAACUUACGUUACAACGAACCUGAAGUGUGUUGGAAGUCAAAAACAUGGAGGGAAGAAAGUUACUACCAAGGUCAACUAGAGGUGAGUCAAACAAUGUCAAUAGAUUGGCCAAUGUUGGUCAACAUCAUGGUCCCUACAAUUCAAAUGUAUCUCCAUCUAAAAUUAAUCAUCAUCAACAAUCACAUCAUGUGCCAGUUUAUCAACAGCAACAAGAAAUAGCUCUUCAUGCCUUCCCUCCGAGUCCUCAACCUCCUCCACCUCCUUCGCACCAUUCGGCAUCCAGGUCACCCUAUCACUCUCACCGUACUUCACCUCAACGUAUCUCUCCAGGAGCUUCAUCUACAAUACCAUCAUCUUCUGUGCUUCCAAUGUCAGCAGGAAGAUCUCAAACACCAUCACCUCCUCCUCCUCCUCCGGCUCCACCAGUUCCAAUGUCGAUUAACCAAAGAUGCAGUCCAAGUUUAUCAUCAUUCUCAGAUGAUCCGAGACGAAUGAUCCGAAUAAGCAAUUAUAAUGCUUUGACCAACCAAUUGACAUCAAACAUUUUAGCUCAAUAUCCUUCGAAUGAUGUUAUUAGACGUUUAAGUCUCCGUGUUCGUGACCUAGAAUUUGAACUCCGUCAAGCCUGGUGUGCAGUUGAUCUACUAUCUAAUGAGUAUAUUCUGAUGUGGGAAAAACUGGAACGUCUUGAGGGAAUUUUACAUGAGCAACAAAAUGUAAUCUCUCAAUUGUUGACAGUUAUUCAAGAAAGUUGUGUCCUCUCCCCACAAGUUGCUUCCAAUUUUCAGCUUGGUCCAUCAUCAUCGAGAUCAUUGAAAACUCGAGACGGAGACUCUGCUAAAAAAUAUCAGGAAUCAGCUUCCACGUCCGAAGAUUUUGGUGCUGAUCUAAACUGGCUUGGUACUGAUAUCGAACUUGAUGUUGAUCUUGAAAGAAGAAUCCAAGAAACUAUUUCCAUGGCUGAUGAAGAUUAUGCUCGAAGUUUAUCUACGCCUACAACAUUCCCUUAUUUAUCUGGAUCAGGAUUUAAUCCGAAUGAAACCUCAUCAUCAGCUGUUAAUUCAUCUGCAUCAAUCCCUGGAUGGACUCGAGUUGGUAUUACAAAUACUCGUGGCCUUCUUGAACAAUUAGAGUCACUCGAUUCGACAAUUGGUGGUAGAUUAGAUAGUCCAGGCUCAUCUUCAUCGUCAGAGGAAAUUCCACUUGAUGAAACUGAUGGUUUAUCUUCACCACCUCCUCCAGAACCUACAGUUGGACCACCUUCUUCUUCUGCUCCUUUAUCCCAUCACUAUUCAUUAUCUUCUUUACUAACUGAGAAUCAUCUUCAUUCACAUUAUCUUUCUCACCCUCAACAUUCAUUAUCAACACCAUUGCCUUUACAUGCUUCAGUUAAUCAAUCUCUUCUUUCACCAACAUCAUCAACAGACCAACCUUUACAUCUACCUCCUCCUCCACCAAAUAAUUCCCCAGCAUCUUUAUCUAAAUCAACUACAGUAGAUUCAGUAUCAUCACUAGAACAACAUCAACUUGUUAAUCCAUCAAUAGAUCCUUCUCAAUUAUCCAUUGAUCAGGGUUCUUCUGAGAAGAACGAGUCAAGGAAGAAUCAAAAUAAACGUUAUCAUCUUCGUACAUCAAAACGCCAAGCUGAUUCUGAAGAACUGGUAUCUCGCCAAGCCUUGUCUCAAGCGCUCAAAAGUCUAUCCUCAUCUCAAGCAACAUCUCCUCUUCCAUCGUCAUCAAGUGAAGCGACAAAAGCAUACCAAAGACAAGUCCGUAAUCUAUCUCGGCGAGAAAGGUCAUUUCUUCAUAAUGAUAUUUUCACCUCAUCAGAUUAUCUUAAUUAUCGUGAAGGUGCUAACACACCUUUCAUAACGGAGACUGAUAUAAAUGCUUUAAACGACGCUGCCGUUCAUUUAGCAUCUGAUUCAACGUACAAAAUACCAAGAAAAGUUUAUAACUUAUCAGGGAUCAGAAGCCGUAGAGCAUCAAGUGGAGCAAGUAGUUUAAGCGACGUGGAUGAUGCAAAUGAAGAUGAAGAUGAAGAGGAUUUUUCAGAUUCAAAAGAUUCAGAAAAUAAGCCAAAUUCAACUGAAUUAUGGUUGAAAGAUCGAUUUGGUAAAGGCGGUGAAGUAGUUUAUGCUCAAGGUAGAGGAGUUAAAGUGGAUUUGAAUGAUAAACUUGCAACAGAUAAUCUGAUUGAAAGAGGGACGAAAACGUCAAAUGAACAAUUUGCUCAAAAAACCAAUGCAAUUAUCCAACCUUCAACUUCCGUAACCACAUCCUCUCCCUCCUCCUCCUCCUCUUCUUCGUCAUCAGUAUCAAGUGAGAUUAAUUCACAAGUUCCUUUGAUUGCAAAUAUAAACUGUCAGCAAUUAGCAUCUUCCGUGUCUACUACAACCUCAUUAACAUGUACAACAAUCUCAGGAUUGGUAAAAACUUCCACUGAGCAAUCGUUUAAAGUUUCAUCGUCUGAAAAAUCGCCUUCAAGCUCGAGUUGCGUUGCAAUUAAAUCGUCAACACCAAACAGGUAUAUCUCGGCUCAAACAUCACUUAUACUGAGAAAAGAAAGUUUGAAAAGACAAGCUGAAAAGAAGAAGAUGAGAGGACAAGAUGCGGAAGAUAAAUUGUCAUCAUCCAAUUUUGAAACAUUCGAUCGAGACAGUUUCGAUGAUAUCGAAGAUGAUGAUUUAAUUAAUCAAUCAAAUACUGUUACUCGAGGAUUAAUCAAUUUGGAAGAGAAAAAAGAAGAUAAUAUUUAUAAAGAAAACAAUUUAUCCUCAGUUUUGAUUGAACAGAAAACUGAUAUCAUAUUGAUGAAAGAAUCACGACCAAGAAAAAUAAAGAGCAAAAGAACUGGAGAAACGAGCAAAGGUGAUGUUGAUAAUGACGAUAAUUGGAAUAUUUCAUCUGGAGAAAGUUCAGUUGAUCAAUUUAGCCAUAAGAUUGAUAUGAAUGACCAGCGAUCUGAUUUAAUUGUGAUUAAGGAAGUGAAAGAAAAAUCAUCUUUUUCAUCUUGUGAUAGAAAAAUUAGUAAUUUCAAGAUGCAAGAUGACAAGAAAAAAGUUCAUUCAACCAAUGAAUCCUCAGGAUCGAACAAGUUGUUAAUAGAAAAAGAAGAUAAUCACGAACAAGAAGAUGGACUUAAUUAUCAAUUGAAUGAGAAAAUGAAAGACAAGAAUGGAGAUAAAAGAGAAGAUGAGAAUUUCAUUCAUGAUAAAAGAGAUCAAGUUUCACCUUCAGAUAUGAAAACGCUGAAACCAAAUUUGACGAUAAAAAUUGAUAAUCGAACAUCAAUGUCGACAUUAUCUCCCUCAACAUCACCAAAGAAAUUUACUUCUGACUCAAUAAAUACGAAUGACGAUCGAUCUUUGCUUCUGCUUCAACGAACACCCAGCGGAAAACGAAAACUGCCCUCAGUUCCACCUUCUCCUUCCCUCGCAAAACCUUUGGAAUCAUUUUCGACUUGUAACCAAAACAGUUCAGAUUCCAUAUCAUCUGUGCCAUCAACUCACACUCAUGAGAAUAGAGAAACCAAGCAACAAGACCAAAAUGAAUCGUUUUCUUUUGCUCCUGUCACACCAACCUCAACAUUGUCUUCAUCCAGACAAAUGAUCAACGACAAUAAAGGAUCGCAUCCAUCAUCAGGUACAUACUAUCAACCGUCGUUCACUCAAACGUCCUCAGCAUCAUCAUCUCCUCAUCAUCACAAUAGAUCACCCAGUCAACAUAUAACUAGCAGCUCUCCACAGAUUCAAGCAUCAACCUCACCCUCUUCAUCACAAUCCAAUCAACACCGUCGGGUGCCAUCAGUUGAUGAAAGUCGAGGUCUUUUCUCAAGUUUGUCCAAUAGUGUCUCUCGUGGAUAUCAAAGUGUAAUCAAUAUGCCAUCCAUGUUGAAACGAGACUCACGUGAAAAUUUGAUGGAAACACCAGCGAUGCCAACAACUCGAAUCAAUGAAGGAUUUACUAGCCAACAAUCAUCCACAUCAUCAACCGGCUCAUUAACAGGAUCUGGCGAUGGCUCAUUCGCUAAAAAAAGUGCUUCAGCGAUUUCUGGCUUCUUUGGCUCUUUUGGUCGUCGAUCACCAGCCACAUCAACAGCAUCAGUUGUAGUUAAAGGCCAACACUCUGCAAUCGAUAGAUCCAUGAGUGUACAGGCUGAUGAAAAAGAUGCAAGGAAUAAACUUACUGGACAAACUCAUCAAUUAUCUUUACCUGAACUUAGUGUUGAGGUAACUGAAAUCUCUGAUAGCAUUUCUCCCUCACACCAAGACUCUAAUAACAAGGAGAUAUCUUCAGGGGCAAGACAGCAGCAUAGUUUAUCACCUCGAGCGGGAAGAUCUGGUUCAGGUAGAAGACGAAAAUUACCUCAGAUUGAUAGACAACAAAGUAUUCAAUCCCUGCCAGACGAAGCUGCAGAUUCUAAUGACAAAGUGAUAACAGAAAUUAAUAGUAACAUUAGUUGUGAAGAAACAAGUCCAUCUACUAGCAAUCGAAGUCCACACCGAACACCUCACAAUAGUUCUCAUCGAUCUGGUCAAUAUUUGACUCCAUCAAGUGGUAAAAGAGGAGGAGCGAUGAAUCGUGAAGAUAGUCAUGGUAAUACUGGUCCACAAUCGGGUUUAUCUUUGGAAAAAAGUAUGUCUGAGGAAUCGACAUUUUUCUCAUGUGUUUCUGGUGAUUCAAGGCAAAGUUCAUUCUUUCAGUCUGAAUAUGGUUCAAUGGAAUCUGCUGAACCAGAAGGACCUGAAGGUGAAUCAAGAACUCGGACAACAGGAGGAAAUCGUCGAGGUGGUGAUGAUGAUUCAGCCUUUUGUAGUGCCAAUGAUGACCAUCGUAACAGUUUAGCUGACGAAACUGAUCAACAAUCAUUAACUUCAAAUACAUCACCACUUCCUGGUGUACUAAAUACUGAUGGGCUUGUUGCAAACGAUAAACAAAAUAAUCAACAAGCAACAACUCCGACCACAACAAUUGCUAUCUCACCACCGACAAUGAACAAUCAGGAAUCAGAAACAUCUCCAAAUAAUCAUGUUUCCAAUAAUUCAGCAGCUCGAGCAGCAGUUGGAUUCAUGUGGGACACUGAAAAAAGAGAUUCAGUGAGCUCGACAUCUUCAGGAGGAGGUGGAGGUUUUCAGAAUAGAUUUGCGUCAAUAAUGAAACUUAAAGUUGAAGAGCGUCGUCACGCAAUCGUAAUUCCAAGUCCUGGGGGUGAGAUUAAAUUCGAUGAAGGAGUUGAUACUGUUCGGGAAGUAGGAGGAGGUGAAGGAGGUAAAGAGCCAAGUAUUGAUGAUAGUACAUUAAGUGAUGACUCUAAGGCAUCUUCCAAAAAUAAAUGGAUGGCUGCUGUGAGUGGAGCAAGACAAGGAAGUGGAGAUGGUGCUAGGAGUCUAUGGCCGAGAGGAGGGGAUAAUCCCUUUUUCAGUGCCAUUGAUGCGAUGCCUGAUAUUAGACCAAGGAAAAAGUCAAUUCCAUUGGUCAGUGAAUUGGUACUUAAAACAAUGGCAGCGACCAAACGAAGCGCUGGAUUGGCAUCAGCGGUUCCAAGAGCAUCUCUUAAUGACGAGGAAUUGAAAAUGCAUGUGUACAAGAAAACAUUACAAGCCUUAAUUUAUCCAAUUUCGAGUACCACCCCACACAAUUUCCAGCCUUGGACAGCGACCAGUCCAACUUAUUGCUAUGAAUGUGAAGGACUUUUAUGGGGUCUUGCAAGACAAGGGGUCAGAUGUACAGAGUGUGCGGUCAAAUGUCACGAAAAAUGUAAAGAUUUGCUCAAUGCUGAUUGUUUGCAACGUGCUGCUGAGAAAAGUUCAAAACAGGGAGCUGAAGAUAAAGCCAACAGCAUAAUAUUAGCCAUGAAAGAGAGGAUGAAAACUCGGGAAAGAGAUAAACCUGAAAUAUUUGAAAUGAUAAGGUGUACCUUUGGUGUUGAUGCUGAUACACACAUUGAUGCAAUCCAAGCCGCUGAAAAGGUUAUCCUAGCCGGUGACUGGUCAGCCAAAAUAGCCAUUACAGUUAUUUGUGCCCAAGGAUUGAUUGCAAAGGAUAAAAGUGGAACUUCUGAUCCCUAUGUAACUGUUCAAGUCGGUAAAACCAAAAAACGCACUCGAACUAUGCCACAAGACCUUAAUCCCGUUUGGAAUGAAAAGUUUUACUUUGAGUGUCACAAUUCAUCGGAUCGUAUCAAAGUCCGUGUCUGGGAUGAAGAUAAUGACCUUAAAUCAAAGUUACGACAAAAGUUAACUCGAGAAUCUGAUGAUUUUUUGGGUCAAACGAUUAUCGAAGUUCGAACCCUUUCCGGUGAGAUGGACGUUUGGUAUAAUCUAGAAAAGCGAACAGAUAAAUCAGCUGUUUCUGGGGCCAUCAGACUUCAUAUCAGUGUCGAAAUCAAAGGUGAAGAGAAAGUUGCUCCAUAUCACAUUCAAUAUACUUGUUUGCAUGAGAAUAUUUUCCAUCACCUUUGUGAAAAAGUUAACCAAGGUGUUGUCAAAAUCCCAGAGGCCAAAGGGGAUGACAGUUGGAAGAUUUAUUUUGAUUAUCCUGGUCAAGAAAUCGUCGAUGAAUUUGCAAUGCGAUAUGGGAUCGAAGUGAUUUACGGCGCGAUGACGCACUUCCAUUGUCUUUCCACUAAAUAUCUGUGUCAAGGAGUCCCCGCCGUCAUGAGCACUCUCUUGGCUAAUAUUAACGCUUACUAUGCACACACAGCAGCUACUUCGGCUGUUUCAGCCAGCGACAGAUUUGCAGCUUCCAAUUUUGGGAAGGAAAAAUUUGUCAAACUCUUGGACCAACUCCACAAUUCACUUAGAAUUGACCUUUCCAUGUACAGGAACAAUUUUCCCGCUUCAAGUCCAGAAAAACUUCAGGAUCUUAAAUCAACGGUUGAUUUACUAACUAGUAUUACAUUUUUCCGAAUGAAAGUUCAAGAACUAUCAAGUCCGCCUCGAGCCUCAACGGUCGUAAAAGAUUGUGCCAAAGCCUGUUUAAAGUCAACAUACGAUUUUCUAUUUAAUAAUUGUACUGAAUUAUAUGCAAGAGAGUUUCAAGUGGACCCGAAAAAGGAUGAUUCCAAUGACGAACCAGGACCGAGCCUUAAGAAUCUUGACUUUUGGCAUAAACUUAUCGCUCUAAUGGUCUCUGUUAUUGAAGAAGAUCGCAACAGUUAUAAUCCAGUUCUCAAUCAAUUCCCACAAGAAUUGAACAUUGGUCAUCUAAGUGCAGCAACAAUGUGGUCACUGUUUGCCUCUGAUAUGAAGUUUGCCCUGGAAGAGCAUGAACAGCAUCGUUGUUGUCGUAGUUCGGCUUAUAUGAACCUUCACUUUAAGGUCAAAUGGUUUUAUAAUACCUAUUGUAAAGAUGUACCUCAAUUCAAAGGUCAAGUUCCAGAAUAUCCUGCCUGGUUCGAACCUUUCGUUAUGCAAUGGCUCAAUGAGAACGACGAUGUUUCCCUCGAAUAUCUGAGAAGUGCCUUCGAACGAGAUAAAAAAGACGGGUUCCAACAAAGCUCUGAGCAUUCACUUUUCUCAAAUUCUGUGGUGGAUGUUUUCACACAAUUAACUCAGUGUUUCGAUGUAAUUAGUAAACUCGAAUGUCCUGAUCCCGAAAUCGUCAAACGUUACCUUAAGCGAUUCGCCAAAACGAUCGUUAAAGUUUUAACCGCUUAUGCUGAGAUUCUGAAGAAAGAGUUUCCAAAUUAUGUGAAACAAGAAAAAACGUCAUGUAUAUUGAUGAACAAUAUUCAACAAUUACGAGUCCAAUUGGAGAAGAUGUUUGAAUCCAUGGGAGGUGAAAAGCUCGAAGCUGAUGCUGCUAAUAUAUUGAAAGACCUUCAGCAAUCACUAAAUGGAGUAUUGGAUGAACUGAGCGCCGUUUUUGCCAAGAGUUUGGAGCCAACAAUCAAACAAAGUGUCCAAGAAUUAAGUGGCUUAUUGGCCCAAGUCAAAGGAUCUGGUUCGGCUCAGAACAAGGCGGCUCUUCGUAACCAGCAAGAUGUCGCCGCGGAAGCAGAUCAUAUAUGCCCAUUAAUGGAUCUUCUUGAUGGUAAACUGAGUCUGUUUGCACAAUAUUGUGAACGAACUGUACUUAAGCGUUUACUCAAAGAACUUUGGAAGAUUGUUAUUCACACUCUCGAGAAAACGAUAGUUUUGCCACCAGUGUCAGAGAAAAAUGUUCUUUUACAAAAUCUACCCAAUGCCAAGAUCGAAGAUGUAUCGAGACUUUUCAGAAAUCAUGUAACUGCCAAUAAACUACCGAAUUUAAGUGUAAUGGAGCUUCCACUGCAAUUCGAAAAGAAUUUAACUCCUCGACAAUGUGCGAUUCUUGAUGUUGCCCUGGAAACGAUCAAACAAUAUUUCCACGCAGGUGGAAAUGGCCUGAAGAAAACCUUCUUGGAGAAAAGUCCAGAACUUCAAUCACUUCGAUACGCCUUAUCUCUUUACACACAGACUACGGAUACGCUUCUUAAAACAUUUGUCACAACUCAAACUCAACAAGAUUUACCAACACGAGAAGAAGGACCAGUGGGUGAUAUCCAGUUACAGGUUGACCUGUUCACCCAUCCAGGUACAGGGGAACACAAAGUCACUGUUAAAAUUAUGGCCUGUAAUGAGCUGCGUUGGCCUAAUCCAAGUGGAUUUAAACCCUUCGUUGAAGUUAACCUAAUUGGUCCUCAUCUUGGUGACAAGAAGCGGAAAUUUGCAACAAAAACAAAAAGCAAUACAUUGAGCCCUAAAUUCAAUGAGACGUUUACAUUCAUGAUUGGAAAUGAAGAUGAACCAUUAUCAUUUGAACUCCACAUCGCUGUAAAGGAUUAUUGUUUCGCUAGAGAAGAUCGACUUGUUGGUGUGGCGAUCAUGCAAUUAACGGACAUCGUUGAACAAGGAAGUUGCAAUUGUUGGCUACCUUUAGGACGAAGAGUCCAAAUGGACGAAACUGGAUGGACAAUACUUCGUAUUUUAUCACAACGAAGCAACGAUGAAGUAGCCAAAGAGUUUGUUAAACUUAAAUCUGAUGUUCGCAACGAUUCAACAAUCCAACAGCAAUAGUUCAAGUCGAUUACUGAAGACAAUUAACCAGCAAUCGAGAGGAGAUUUAAUCAUGCAAAUUUCUAUAGACUUGAAUCAGUUGGUCUAUCAUAUUUAACCAUUGAAGUGCUAAGAGUGCUGAAUGAGCUUGUGACAGGUUAUUUGAUAUUUUUUGUAUUCGUUUAUUGAGCCUCGAUUUUUAUUUCUAUUGUGUUUGCAAAAACCUUAUCACCUAAUUGCAAAUUCAGUUACAAUUAAUUUAAAUUAGUCACGUGAUAAAUACCGUUAACAUAUUGUUAUCUAUUAUUAUGGUUAUCAUCAUCAUCUCAACACUUAAAUUGCCUUAGUUAAUAUUGAUCAUAAUCGUUAUUUUUAUUCUCGAAUUUGAUUUGUUUUUUCUCUCUCAAUUUGUGAGCAACAUAUGAAAUGGCUUCUUUUAAAACAAACAUGAUAAAUCCUGAUGAAUUUGAAUAAGAUUCUGAAUGAGAAACAAAGACAAGGAGAAAACUAUCGAUUCCAAUGUUACCCUGAGUUCCAAAUGUUCAAAGAAAUUGUUAAUUGGAAUCGAGACGAAAAAAGCAAUAAUAAUAUAAACGAACGACAAAGAUGAAUAACAAUUGAUCAUGAACUUGACGGAAUCGGGAACAAGGAAUCACAAUCAACACCACUCAUACACUUAAACAAUUGAUACUAACCAGCCCACUAAAUCAACACAUUUACUCACAAAGUUUUCAACAAUUUAAAUCAUCAUUAGCGCCAAACUAAAACUGGACAAUGGACCAAAGCAUUUGAUUAAUAUGAUCAUUACUUUUUUCGCUUUUUUUAUUAACUGUUAUCAUCUUUUCAUCAUCAUCUUCAUUAACUAAUUCUUAAAAUUAAACAUUGGAUUGAUUUGAUUUUAAUUAUCAUGAACAUUUAAGAAAAAAAAAACAAAUUGUCCAAAAGUCUGAUAAUUAAAACUAAUCAUGAUGAUACACGAUAAUGAUAGUUAAUUAUACAGAAAUCAAAACUUGUAACUUUCUGUUUCGAUCAACUUUUAUUUUUAUAUUAUGUACAAUUAACCAGUUACUUGAUUGUUUACUGGUUGAUUAAUUGUUUUAUUACUAAGUCUCUCUGUUUGAAUCUGUUUUCAUUUUGAAUCAACAAUUAACAACAAAUGAUUUUGAUUUGAUUUUGUCCAAUGCACUUUGAUGGUAAUAAUUAACAAGUGUUUAAUACAAUAUCAACUUUAUAAAAUAUAA